AUGUCCGACUCCGUCAAAUUUGAGCCCUUUCUUCGCCUACCUGUAGAGCUCCGAUAUCUAAUAUGGAACGCGAGUCUCGAACCACAAGGCCGGCUCGUGGUCGUAUCUCCCAAAUGUGACUGGCUCGCUCGAAGAUGCCGGCUGCCCGUCAUGUCCGCCGUCCAUUAUGAAAGCCGCAAAGAGUUCCUUCGUCUCUACACUCGACUCAUCGACGAAGUCCCGGACCAGCGCCUUCACACAGCCUUCCGAGAUCGGAAAGUCGAAGAUCACGUCUACCUCAAUACUCGAAUUGAUACCCUCGUCCUCGGUACGGUAACUAACACUAGCGUUGUUGACCAGCAUUUGCACCUAUUCCGCCCUGUGCUGUCUCUGACCACGCCCGAUUACACCGUUGGGGUCAUGAUCGAUAUGCCAACCCUGUCGCGCCGUGACAGAAACCGCCUUCGACGAGUACGCUUGCACGACACCAAUUAUUUACAGCAGGUCUUCAACCUCAGAAUUAAGAGGAAGGCUGGCAUCCAUCACCGUGUCCCCGGCCGGGGCAUCGCUCCCCUCCCCACUCUCCAUUUCCCAAACCUCGAGGUCAUCUACCUAGUCUCCCUACGGACUCUAAUCACGAUGCUGGACGGCGGACUCCAUCUUCAGACGCCUGGUUUUGGAAUGCAUUUCCGAUACGUGGUGCCGACCAACGAGCUUUACCGUAAGGUCCACGAUAUCAGACACCAUGAGUAUUUCGCUGGUGUACGGCCGAACUACAAGACCCCUCCAAAUUGUGACGAGGCGUAUGGUUCAAAGAGUAACGGUAUGCGCAUCGAUAUUAUUCACUCCGGCAAUCUCGAUUGGGUUACUGGCGACUAG